AAUGUCCCUUUUCAAGAAUUUUGUUUAAAAUGAAUCCAUACAGCAGAAUGAUAGUGACUUCUAAAUACUGAGUCAAGUAAUACUAUAGCAGUCUGAUGUAUAAAUGUUUCCUUUCUCCGGGCAGAGCUGCCCCUGGAGAAGCUGGCACUCAAAGUAACUGAGGUCCAAAGAGAUCUGUGCUACGUGACAUCUGUGCUGAGACGCUCGCCAUAUCUCACCUCAUUUCACGCAGUCGGGAUAAGAUUACCAAUUGGCUCCUCUCAAAGCCAACUCCUCAGCACUCUCUCAGAGUCAAAUCGCUUUUUGAGGAGUCUCAACUUGGAGGACAUGAACCUGUCUGAUUGUCUUCCUAACAUCCUCGAGCUGCUGAGAGACUGCAAGUUGGAAGAGCUGCGGCUUAAAGACUGCCGCCUUCUGGAGAGGUUGAGCAGCAAAGAGGAGAGUUUGCAGAAGCUGGUGGCUGCUCUGAAGAUGGUGCCUUCUCUCCAGUUACUCAGCCUGGCUCAGAAUCGCCUAGCCAGGAACGUGUUUGUGCUGGCAGAGCUUUUCUCAGGAUCCUCACCGAGCUCAUUGAAACAUCGACAUCAGGUCAGCUAG